CCGUCGCCGACGAAACAUGGACGGUUAUCAAUAGUCCAAGCUCUCCCAAAUAAUUUCGACCAAAUAAUUAUAUUGAAAAAAUGAUACGUAUUUAAAAAUUGUUCAAACAAAUAAAUACACGAUUGAAUAGUAUAUAAACGUUAAUAAUAAUAAACACAAUUAGUGCCUUGUGCAGAUUCGCGUAAAAUAAUCUUUAUUCGAUAUUCAAUUGGAACAAAUUUUAAGCGUCGUUUGCAGGAAAAUGGGUUCGAUAGUGCUGAAGUCCUUAUCCGUGCUUUUGGGAAUAUUCUUUGUAUUCGUCGGUACGAUGAAACUGACGUCGCACAUCAGUAAAGAUCUCCACAAAGAUCUGAGGAAGGAGUACGUCAAGUAUGCCAAGGUUUUUCCCUUAUCGGAGACGCUCGACUUCAAAGUACCGAGUAAAUGGUACCGAAGGGUUGUCGGGUCUCUUGAAAUCGUCUGCGGUCUGGCCAUGGCGUUGGUUCCCAGCCACAACGUGAAAAACGCCUCCAACUUCGUACUUUUACUCCUUAUGCUCAUGGCCGUUUAUUCCCACUACAUGGUCAACGAUAAAUUCGAGCGAAUCGCACCGGCAUUGGUAUUUUUCUUCAUGCUAACCGGUCGAUUGGUUAUUGAUUGGCAAUUGAGACGUCAAGACGGUCAGCCAAUCACCGCGAAUGGGAUUGACGACAGAUCUAAAAAGCAAGACUGAACUAACUCGCAAAAUAUGCGCAGAAAUUUUUUCUUACACAAAAUUAUGAGUAGCUCGAUUACAGCUACGAUCAAAUCGCUGUUGCACACAGCACUCGAUUUUCAUUCUUAGCAUUUUUCGUUUGUUUGUUUUCUAGAUAUCGUUUUUUUUUAUCUAGCCAAUCGUUUACUGUGAAAUUAUUUUAAACUUCGAAGCGCAGACAAUAUCAUCCGACGUCAUUAUAAGUAUUUGUAAUUGUAUAAAAUUCAUUUAUUUUUGAUUUUUAAAUAAAAACGCACACCAUCAUCACCACCUACGAUCAUCUAUUUCACAGAUUAACACUUAAUGUAUGUAAGCUGCAUAUAAGAUUACGCGUCAUUUUUUUAUACUCCUCCUUUCGCUCUGCAACGAAAAGAGUAAGACAGAUAUAAUUCUUGUGCGAUGUAUAAAAUAACAUCAUGACUAACAGUCGUUUAUAAAAAUUGCAUCUAUUAAUAUCCACCGUUCAUAUUGCAAAAUAAAAAUCAUGCAAGAAUUACAUACGCUCUGGAGAUCGUUAAAUCGAUUAAAUCGAAAAAUAUUACCGAUGCUAUUUAGAGACAUCCAAUAAUUUGUCAUGAUUAAUACAUAAUACACAGUUUCCAAAUCAUAUUAUCUCUAGUUUUAAUACUGAGACCAGUAAAGCUCAAUUUCUAACGCUGCACCUCUGUUAUUCCGAGCUACUCCACACGAGAAUGCUGUGCCAGAACACAUCUCUAUUUCAUAAUCAAAUCCACUCUUUUGCGAUAAAAACUAUUAAUAGACAAUUCUUGGAUUUGCUUCAUCCUUGCUGUGUAUGAAAUACUAACUCAAGAGAAAUUCUCUACAUUUCGCAUUUUAUUAGGAAUCCCUUGAGAUGAAUUUACCUACCAAGUUUCGCAUAUGCACUCCUCAUAUGAUCAAUCCUAUUUCAUUUUAAACUUACCAAUUAAAGAUACUUUUACGUACAACUGAUGUAGACAUUUACUUAUGAUUAAAUUAAAUCUUGAAAAUGUUUUAUAUACGCUCCAAGUUUUUAGUGUUAGACUUUUGAGUUGCCACGUUGAAUUUAAUGCCGUAACAAUUUCAUCGGCCUGUUUCUAUCUAAAUUGAGCUUGAUUAAUCGCAGCUCUUUUGGCAAUCGCUGGCGCAUAUAAUUUGAACUUUGGGUAGGAGAUUGUGUUAGAUGCACACUACAGUUAAAAUGAAAACGUACUAACUGCCAUUGAAAAAUUAAUGUGUUCCCACGAAUAUCAUAAUAAUAUAAAUAUUUAGCAAAUAUUGUAAUACACUGGAGAAAAUUUGAUAUGCAAGAAACGUAAUAUUGCGCACCGUUCUAUCAUUAUUGACUAUCCCGUAGUCGUGAAAACACGUGUAAAAAUACUUAAUCGAUAAAGAAACUAAUUUAAUAUUGUACGUAACGUACAAGAUAGGAAUGUUAAUUUCUCAAUUUAGACGUGAUUUAGGUAAGAACGCAUAUUACGUAUAGAUGCAUUGGUGAACUAUCAGAUAAUACAUAAGAAUUGGAAAUUGAAACAACCAAGUAUUUCGUAAUCGUAGUCGGCUGCAUAGAUACACUAAAUGCCUUCAUAAAAUGAUCACUGAAUCAUCUGACACUUAUCUGAUGCACUUAAUAUUCGAACAAACUUAGUGUGUAUUUUUUUUCAGGUUUCAAUAGAGUUAAUCGAACUUAUUAACAAAGCCCAAUGUGAUACAUGUAUGCCUCUGAGUUAUCCACCGUACGACAGUAGACCGAAAACAAAAGUAUAUGUAUAUACAUAUAUGAGAAAUCACUGAGUUAUACUAUGAUAAUGAAUUUUUAUGAACAAAGAGAAGUAAAAAAUGUAAAAAAUACACACACCUGUCUGAUUUGAUGUCGAAUAAUGUCCUUCGAAAAUAUAAAGUGCUGUAAAAUCCGAAAUUAAACCUGGCCCUUUCUUCAUCAUUGGUACCCAAGUAUGUUUAUGGUAUCCUUGUUCAACGACUGCGGGAUUGAUAAGGUGUACUCGAGUUGGAUAAGAUCUUCUUUUAUUAACAUGAGUUUAUCUUUGUUAAACGUAGCUGGUAUCCAGUGAAUACGUAUUAACUGUAUUAUUUACAAAUUGUUAGAUCGAGAUAUAUGUAUAGUUUAUCUUACUUUACGCAUAUAAAUGUGUGUGCGUGUGAAAUAAGAAAAAUACACUAACUUUACCGCACGUAUCUACUCUUUAGGCAAAUAGUUAUUUUCUGAUUAUUUAGUACUGGUUAUACUUCCUUGCGAGCUUAACCAUUCCUACGUUAUAUCUUUAGCAGGCAGAUCCGUGACUAUAUUUUACAAUGAAAUAACAAUUCGGAAUAAGCAUUUUUCAAAAUACUGGGAAAAAUGCAGUGCUCACCACUUAACGAAACUUACAGCAAAAUUUUACUCAACUCAUUAAAAGGAAAAAAGAAUCGUAUUCGAUGUUAGCCAUGGAUAGUAGCGGAGAAGUUCACGCUUAUUUUCUAUUUAUUAUCAUACAUUAGUUUUAAGGGCUUGUGUUAAUUUGUAAAAAGCUUGCCAACUACUGAUACUGGACAACUUAACUUGACACUAUGUUUAUUCAAGCACUGGCUGGCACCAUAUAUUUUAUAGAGAAAUAACGGAAUGAAACGGGUCA